AUGAACAUCAUCAUGCAAAACUUAAUAGAGAGACUAAGACCCCUCGUGGGUUUGAACGGAUGGGACUAUUGUAUCAGCUGGAAAUUGAGUGAAGACCAAAGUUUUCUUGAGUGGUUGGGAUGCUGUUGUGCUGGCACCGAAAGCAAUCAAAAUGAUGGGGAAGAACAUAUUUUCCCUGUCUCUUCAGUGGCUCCAUGCAGGGAUACCAUGUUUCCGCACUCCAGAACAAAGCCUUGUGAUCUUCUUUCCCAUCUUACCACUUCCAUUCCUAUAGAUAAUUCAGGGAUUCAUGCACAGACACUAUUAACAAAUCAACCCAAUUGGGUGAACUAUUCCAAUGGCUUGGAUCCGAACAUUUUGGAAGAAACAAUUGGGACCCAGGUUUUGAUUCCGGUGCCAGGUGGACUAGUUGAGCUGUUUGUAACCAAACAAGUGCCUGAAGAUCAUCAAGUAAUAGAUUUUGUGACAACCCAGUGCAUUGCACUGGUGGAGCACUCAAUAAGCUUCAACAUUGACGUGAAUUCAAUGAGCAACAUGCAACCAAACCCACUUGAAAACGAAGGGAAUAAGAGAAACAACCUUUUUCAGCCUUCAGAAACUUCGAAUCUCCCACAUGACAUCCCAAUGGACCGCAUUGGUCUAUGCACUUCUCCACUGAACUUGAUGCAACAGUUCAAUUACAACCAACAGAACAGAAUGAAAAAGGAUGCAUUUUCUGAAGAAUACCAAGGCUCCUUCCUUCAUGACAAGCAAACCAACCCACUCAAAUCCAUUUCAGAAGAGGACCAUGAUGCUUAUCAGCAAUGCAUGAUGACAGAUUCCCAAUAUGUGGACAUGACGGAGAAGCAAGAACACGACAAGGACUUGCUCAAACAUGUCGUGGGUCGAUCAGAUUCAAUGUCAGAUUGCAGUGAUCAGAAUGAAGAAGAAGAAGGUGGCAAGUAUAGAAGAAGGAAUGGAAAAGGAAACCAGUCCAAAAACCUUGUGGCUGAAAGAAAGAGAAGGAAGAAGCUCAAUGAUAGAUUGUAUAACCUUCGUUCUUUGGUUCCAAGAAUCUCUAAGUUGGAUAGGGCUUCCAUUCUUGGGGAUGCUAUUGAGUAUGUUAAAGAUUUGCAAAAGCAAGUGAAAGAGCUCCAAGAUGAGCUUGAGGAAAAUUCAGACACAGGAGCUGAAAGUAACUGCAUCAAUGCCAAUAACAACAACAAUAAUCAAUAUGUUGGUGUAGGUGAACUUGGGCCAAAAGCUGAACAUGGUAAGACCCAAACUGGGUUUCAUGUAGGGACCUCAGGGAAUGGAUAUGUGACAAAACUGAAGCAGGAAGAUGCUGCUGCAAUGGACAAGCAGACGCAGCAGAUGGAGCCGCAAGUGGAAGUGGCUCUGAUAGAUGGGAAUGAGUACUUUGUGAAGGUGUUCUGCGAGCACAGGCCAGGUGGGUUUGUGAAAUUGAUGGAGGCGUUGAACACUCUUGGCAUGGAUGUAGUGCAUGCCACGGUGACCAGCCACAAGGGUCUUGUGUCAAAUGUUUUUAAAGUGGAGAAAAAGGACAGUGAAAUGGUUGAGGCUGAAGAUGUGAGAGACUCACUAAUGGAGCUCACGAGGAACCGAUCUAGAGGAUGGACUCAUGAGAUGACAGCAACAUCAGACAAUGGUGUGAGUAGGGAUCAACAUCACCUAAGCAGCCACCAAAUGGGUGCCUAUCACCCGCAUCAAUUUCAUAGUUAA